ACGCACUUUCUGCGCCCGCCCGUCCCUUCGUGCGUCGGCUCUGCCUCCCUUCGCUCCGCCUGCCGAAGGGGUGCGCGUGGGCUGGGGACGGCGGAGCCUCGGACAAGAGCAGAGGAGCUCCAAGCACCAAAGAUGGAUUCUUCUUCCCAAAUUACUCCGACUCCCCCCUGAGCCCCUCUUUCUCAAUCUCCACUGCCCUCCACCUGCAUCGCACUCCCUUCCUCUUGGAUGACAAGAAAUGGGGCCUCCCCUCCCCGCCCUGGGAAGCUGAGAGACUGAAACCAGAUGGGGACCCAUGGAACGUUGCAGGUAGCCGUUUGCCCCGAGAGCAAGAGAGAGAGCGACAUGUGACAUUUGACUGCCCUGCACUCACUGGUAGAAGAGUCAGUCCCCAAGGAGACUAAAGUGAGUUUCACCAUGGCAAAAGAGGAGCUCCCAAGUAUCUCAAAGGACUUGCAGGAGCUGCAGAAGAAGCUGUCUUUGCUGAUAGAAUCCUUCCAGACUAACGUAAAGGUGGUUGCCUUUAUGAAGUCUCCGGUGGGUCAGUACUUGGACAGGCAUCCUUUUCUGGCCCUCACCUUGCUGGUGUUCAUUGCCAUGUCGGUGGUUCCGGUUGGUUUCUUCCUGCUCCUUGUGGUGCUUACAUCACUGGCUGCUUUUGUGGGAGUCAUAUUACUGGAAGGACUGGUGAUUUCUGUGGGUGGCCUCUCACUGCUUUGCGUCCUCUGUGGCUUGGCCUUUGUAUCGCUCGCCAUGUCGGGAACAAUUACUGUGUCUUAUGUGGUGGUCUCCAGCCUCAUCAACUACUGGUUUUCUCUCAGACGAUUGGCAUAGCAAAACCCUGGCGGCGACUGUCAGCUGACAAUGAAGCCCCCCGACUUUGUGGGGCCUUACCAGGAAUGACCAGCCUGAACAGAACCGAAGCAUUUUUCACAAGCGUCUCUGAGUCAUACUCAGCCCUUGAGUUUAUGACUCUGAGGAGGGGACUGCGUAGUCAGGCAUUCCUGGAAUGCGUCUUCUAGCACUUUCAUUUACCAUCUGAAGGAUCCUGCAGUGACCAAUUUGGGGAUCUUGUGUCAAUUGGAUUUGGAUGGUUGAUCCACCCUCACCUGGAGAAUCAGCAGGGAAUGGUGUGACAACUCCACAGCUCCUUCUUCCUCUCACGUUCCAGCCCCCAAGUAUGCAGACUUGACCUUGGCAGAGCCCUGGGCCUCUAGACCUCUGCAGCUUGACCACCAAAGCCUCAGAGCUUGGGUCCAAGGGCCCAAUUCGGGCAACUAUGGAAUCGUUUUUUUUUUGUUGUUUAAAGAAAUGAGGGAAGCAGUUUGUUUCUUUAUCCAUUUGAAACAAGGUAGGGGAGAAAAAGUACAAACAGCAAACUCUUCUGCCUUACUAGCUUUUUUUUUUUUCUUGUUAAAUUAACUGAUGCUUUUUUUUCCCACUUUUUUUUUUUUUUAACUGUAGAUGAAGGUUUACAGAACAAACUAGUUCCUCAUUAAACAGUUAGUACACAUAUUGUUUUAUGACUUCGGGUAGCAGCCCCACGACAUGUCAACCCUCUCCCUUCUCAACCUUGGGUUCCCUAUUACCAGCUUUCCUCUUCCCUCCUGCCUUCUAGUCCUUGCCUCAGGGCUGGUGCAAGGACUUUAGUCUUUGUUUUGUUUUAUGGGCCUGUCCAAUCUUUUGCUCAAGGGCUUACUAGCUUUUUAUGAGAAAGAACAGCAACAUUUGGGAAUAAUCACCACUAUGAGAAAAUCAGAAAAUGGGGUCAAAAUUUAACUUUAUGGCCAAGGGUGUUUUCUUUUUUUUUUUUAAGUCUAAAGGUGUGGUUUCCACUGUUACUGUUGAGUACCAUUAAGUAUUUUUAAUCUGUAAACAUUUGCACUUGAUACACUUUUAAAUUGUUUUAAAGAACUUGUGCUAUUAAGCCAUUUCUUCAAAAAGUCCUAUAAAAACUGCUGAGGGACUAUGAAAAAUAAAAAAAUCCUGUGGGG